AAAUGGGUGAUCUUGAAUUGAUUGUAAAGUAUACUAGAUUUUAUGCUUUGAUAAAAACCAACGCAAUUUUUUUCUCUCCACCCAUAUAAAGAUCCAAAAUACAUUAAAAAUGGCCAAAUUAACCUGAUGACUUUUAGCAUCUAACUGCACACAAAGGUUUCUUUUAAAUAGGGAGAGACAAAGAUUAUGUAUCAAAUGAAGUUAGUUUUUUUUAUUUUUAUGAAGCUUUCAAACUUGAGAGGAAAGACAAGUGUGUAUGUAUAAGCGGCCCUGAAGCAUUGCCAAGAACAGCAGGGGAGACGAGGGAGUAAUGUUUCAGCACACAGCCUAUAUUUAGCAAAGGGGAUUUUGAUCUUAAAGUUACACGACUCCACCUGCAAUUCAUUUGGUACAGAUUGAUGUCCACAAGAUGUACGUUAGCUUAGAUUGCCACUAACGUUUUGCCAGAAUGUAAUUCAUGCAUUCAAAUCUUUGCGCCCGACUUAGACCCCGUGAGAUUGAGCACCUUCCUUUCCACAUGUACUCUACACACCCCUCUUUUCCUUCCCCACUUAGUCUAUUUCUGUCCCGAGCUGAGUCAGAUGGACCCCUCCUCAUUUAGAAUGACACAAACGGAACAGAUCAAAGCUCCUGAACUCGAGGGGCUGAAAACAACAAGACCCGAAAGGAAAAAAAAAUACCCACUAAAUUCCCAAGGAAUUAUGGAGGAAUGUGGAAGUUUGGACUCUGAGUUGACAGAGUUCCAGUGUGAGGCUUCCGAUGUCAUCAGCCAGGAGGAUGAGGAAGAGGACGAGGUGGAGGAAUUGCGAAACAGUCUACGGGAAAUUGUCCAGGAUCAGUCUGUGAAGCCCAGACUCCAGUACCUGAUGGUGGAUCCGUCAUUCUCCAUGGUGACCGUCCAGAGUGAGGACAGCGGUAUUGUUUGGGAAACGGCCUCCAGUCGCUGUUCUACUCCUUGGGCCUCUGAGACCAGCUCCAUAUCUGAAGCCUGCAGCAUGGACGGGUCUCAGGGAACCGCUGGGAAAGUCACCAUCAUCUUUGAUGAGGACAAAGUAGUCCGCAGGAGAACAAGGUCAGGAAGGAGCAGCAGACCGAGGGACAGGCUAAGCAGAUCUGGGAGUUCAAGGCCAGGCUCAGCUCUGGGAGUGGAGAGAGCAGAGAUGGCAGAGGUGUCGCUUCCCAAUGUCAAAGAGCAGCAGAACGGAACCGAGACAGCUUUGGGAGAAAUCAAAAACAAAGAUCAGCAGUUGUUUAGUUUGAUUUCAGAGGGGUAUGAGAUUCUUAACAUAAGGGUCCCAUCCAAACUUGCCACAGUGGAUGAAGAGGAGAGCACAGAACUCAAGGACAACUUGUCUUAUCUUGACCAAACCUCUAAGAUCAGGUCUCGAAUUCACUUUGAGACCACACAGAACCUUGGUUCACCUCAGGACGUGGAAAUGCUGGAAUGCAAUGAGCCUUCAAAGGAUGACACUGGGCCUUCAGUAGACACUGAACUGAGACAUGCGUCAGUUCCGCAAGAUGGCUCCAAAGACAUUGACUAUUUUGAGAAGUUUACCCUGCUAGAUGAGGGGGUUCCUGGACAAAAAGAGCCACCCCUUCAAAAGGAGGCGGUCGAAACUGCGAGGGAAUGCAAAGUGGAAUUAAUGCCCGUAAAGGGAGUCAAGGACAGCCCAUCGGAGUCAGAGGACUCCUUUGUCUUUGUGACAGAAAAGGAGAUAGUCGAGGAACAUCUGGAUGAGGUCUUCUAUGGAGAUGGAGCCCCAUUAAAUACCAUGGAGCAAACAGCAGAUGAGGGGGUAGAAAAAUCAAGAGUGAGAAGAGAGAGCCAGAGAUCCAUGAAGGAGAGCGGCUCAGUAUUGUUUGGAAGAGAAGAAACCACCCUUACGCCUAUUUAUAUCUCCCCUGGACCCCCUAAGAUCAUCGAUCCCAUUCUGCUGGAAGAACCCACCGCCAUGUCCUUCAUGUACUCUAACCUUUAUGCGGAUGCCGUGGGCGAGAGGAGAAAGAGCUACGAGGAAUACUCCGAGGCAGAGAGCCUGACUUCUGAAAAAUCAUUGAGGAAACAUUUGUCAGAUUCGGAGGAGGCAGACGAAUACCUGGAAAAGUUCAUCUUGAAAGACGAAACCCCCACAGUGGACCUUUCAGUUGACUCGGUGGAGGAUAGGAAGGAAAGGAGGAAGUUUUGGUCACAGAGUAAGUUUGAAAUGACAGGGUGUCUAAUGAGAGCAGAAGACGACAUCAAGAUGAAGGCUGCAAAACGAGCAGUUAACAUUGCAGUAGUGGAAGAUACAGCAGCAGCAAGGUCUGACAAGCAAGUUCCAGACAUGGAAAGGGAAGAGUUACACCACUCUGAGGAUACUGAAGAGCAGCCUGUUCCUGUAGAUUCAAUUCCCAAAAAGAGGCAGAGGAAGGAAAGGGAGCAAGCUCAAGAUGGAACUUCCGACGGCUUCACAGACGCACCUCAAGAGUUUAAUAGCUUAAGAGUAGAAGCAGCAGAGGAGCACCAACGAAAUGAGCAAGUUCAGCAUCAAAGUAUGACAAAACCCCCAGAACUGCCUCAAAUACAUGCAGUGCAGGAACAGGAACAUGAAAUGCCACCUACUGUUGCAGUCCUCAACCGUCAACAAGAAGAUGACGUAGGUGAAAUUCGUGAGAAGGCUGCAGCUGAGACUCCGAUUGUGGCACUUGUUGAUCAGGACAACCAGGAUGAGAUCCCAGCCAUCGAGGCAGGGAAAAAAUGUUCAGUUGAAAUGGAGACUCGAGAAGAGAAGUCGCCAUGUAAUCAAGAGGAGCUUGAUCCUGAGCAACUGGCAGCAGUUGAGUUCGUUACUGUCUGUGAGCCCAGGGUGAGCGCGGUUGUGAAGGUAUGCGAGAAGACAGCUGAUGAAAAAGUGACGCGGACUAGGGUUCAGAUUGAUCUCCAGGAGGUAGCGAGUCUUCUGCAAGCAGAAACGAGAGCCGAUGUGUCGUCACUGAAUGUUGCCGUAGACGAGUCGGCAAGCUUUGUUCCUGAUGAGGGUUUGGAGGUCAAAACCAAAGUUAAAGAACAAGACAGAGAUUCAGGUCAGCCGGAGCGGGAGACGUUUGAAUUUAAGAACCAGACACCUUCAAAAGGCAACAAGGCCAACUCCCAAAAAGCUGAAAUGGACGACAACUUGAUUGUCUUUGUCCCCAAAGGCCAAGCUGUGGAGAUGGACAUAAACAUGAGUCCGUUCUCAGAGAGCAUUGCAAAAAGUAAUACAGGAACCCGACCUGAUCUCGACACACAGGCUGAACAUCUACCUUCAUCUGAACCUGACAUCAUGGAAGCAAUACCAACGCCUCAGCCGGAAGAAGAACCGAUUGGACAGUUGGAAACAUUGAAGAUGAUGGCCCCGCCUUCACCUUCAGUGGAAAAGGCAGAGAUGGAAGAACCGAGGACAGAGCCCGACAAAGAAAAGGGCCUUUUCCCCCCUUUGAGGAGCUAUGCCCCACAGGAGGAUUUAUCUCUGCCGCCUGAGGACGACCUACAACCAGAUAUUGCAGAUGUCGAAAAAAAGAAAGAAAUUGUCCCAGAAAGUGACUACAUGAGCACAGACCGAGACAUCGGUCUUAACAGCGAAACCGAGGAUGCAAAAAAAGCUCAACAUGAGACACCCGAAGACGUUCCAGAUUACGAGAUGAUUAAUGAGGAGGACAUCAAAGAGCUCGUCGAAGCUGAAGUAGAGGAACCAGUGUCGGUCUCUGUUCGGGGGAUUGAGUUGGAGGAAGAGAAGAGGGACGUGGGUAUGUUUGAAGACAAAGAUCUCAUUGAGACUGAUUAUGACAUCAUUGAUGCUGAGGAGCAACGGCAGGCCCAAUUGGCCGCUGAGCUUCAGGGGAUGGAUUGGUUCUGUCUCACCUGUCAGUGUUUGCUGUCGAAGAAUGACUGUGAUUGUGGGGGCCAUGAUGGCCACGAGGUGCUUGCGGUGGACAAAGCCUUUGAGGACAUCAGGGAUCGACUGAGUGACUGGAUCUCCGAGUUGCAGGGGAGGUCGGAGAACAUAGAGGACCUGGUGUCUGAGCUGGAGUUGGCCUACCACUCUGUGGAGCACCAGUGUGUUGAGACCGAGGCAGCCAUGCAGGCACAGAAUGACGAAACGAUGGCUUUGGUGAUGGCGCAAUACAACGACAUGUCCAUCAACAUGGAGGAGGAGAAGAAGGUCAAGCUGGAACAGCUGUACGACCAGAUUGUCUGCUUCCAGGAGAGCAUCGACUCGGCCAAAGCCACCUUGGAGACCACGGCCAGAGAAGCUGAGACGGACGCUCGGAGCCCUGAGGACAUUCAUGCAAGGCUAAAGGCAGCUUUGGAGUCGACCAUGUCACUGGAGUUGGGCUCCAAGGGAUUGCUGGUGUUCGAGGAUUACACCAAAGGCAACGCUUCCAGCCCGCAUCUCGCGCAGCGAAAAGGAAUUCCAGUCCCUCAGAGGCCCACGCUGCAGCCCCAGGAGGCGGGAUCAGCUACCAGUGCCAGCGUCGCCGUUUACUGGAUGAUCAACCCCGGGGACAUCAUCGACUGCUUCCAGGUCUACUGCAUGGAGGAGCCACAAGGAGCUGUGUCCGAGGAGUACCGCGUGACGGUGAAAGAGAGUUAUUGCGUCCUGGAAGAGCUGGAGCCGGAUAAGUCUUACAGAGUCUGGGUGAUGGCUGUUAACUACACGGGCUGCUCUCUGCCCAGCGAGAGGCUCGUCUUCGCCACUGCUCCGUCAGUCCCUGUGAUGGAUAGCGAGCGAUGCACCGUCAUGUGGGACUCGGCCGUGCUGAGAUGGAACCCGGCAAGACAGAGUCCUGGACAGAGUUUCAUCUUGGAAUACUGCCGCCAGUAUGAGCUGGAAGGAGACGGGCUGAGAUCAAUCACUGGCAUAAAAAGCUGUGAACACGGAGUUCGGCUGCAGCCCAAUGAGAAUUAUCUCUUUUACAUCAAAGCGGCGAAUGAAGCUGGAGCCAGUGAACAAAGCGAGGCUGCUCUCAUUUCAACCAAAGCAACAAGGUUUCAUUUGCUGGAAGCUUCAGCUCAUCCUGCUCUGGUGCUGUCAGAAGACCAAUCCACCGUUUACUUGUCCCAAGAUGCUCAUCAAAAACACAUUUCAUCCACAGAAAAACAGCCCCCGUCCAUCAGAGGUGAGUUAUUACCAGGGAGGGGUCACUACUACUGGGAGACUACGGUGUCAGGAUGUGCAGCUUACAGGCUUGGGAUAGCGUACAGCUCAGCCUGGAGAAAGUGCCCAUUGGGGGAGAACAAGCUUUCAUGGUGUUUACAGUGCAUCCCGUCACCAUCUGGUUGCAGGUACCAGAUGCUCCACGGUGCCGUUCAAUCCAGCAUCUUUGUGAUAGAGUCGCCCGAGCGGGUGGGCACGCUCCUGGACUACCGGCGGGGUCGAUUGCACUUCUACAAUGCGCUAUCGGGUCAGUUGUUGGGUUCUUUCAAGCAUAACUUUGCAGGGGCGUGCCAUCCUGUUCUGGCCCUGGACAUGCCGGGUCGAUUGGAGGUCAGUAUGGUGCCGCAGGUGCCAGAGUUUGCCCAAGGUUAAAGAGGUUGUUGAUUAUGAUGAAGCUCGCUGUCAUACAAAAUCAUAUGUUGAAGUCAAAAUGUGGUACGCUCAUAGGACUUGAUUGAAUUGGUCCUCCUUGUAAAAAUGCUAUAAAAUUGUAAAUAUCAAACCACUAGAUGACACAUUUGUCAGGAUGUGAAAGGCAACUGGACUGACAUGAAGUUCAUAGAAGUUCAAGUUCAUUCUUCACAAUGUUGUUUGCUCUAAACUUUUGACAGCAUGCAAUUUUUGUACUGCUUUGUAAUUAUUGUUUUCCUACACCUUCGUGACAAACUUUAAAUUCUAAUAUUCUAAAAUAAUUAAUUUAAAGCCUCUUGUUGUCCUAGUUGAAUCUAUUAGUGAAUUAUAGUGCAGCACUUUGUUUUUCUUAUUGUGAAUCUGACCGUUUUUUAUGAAGAUUUUUGUAAACAUCCGUGAUUAAUCGUGUGUUUUUGUUUCUGGGUUUUUUCCAAUUUCUUUUCUUUAUUUAUUGGAAUUCAGAUAUUGCUGAGAUGAAUGAACACGAUUAUUUUUCUAUUUGCUCA